AUGGGCACGGCCACUCGCUUUGCGUUUCUGGCUACUGCCAUGGUCUUCCAUCUUAUUUAUGUAUAUUCCAUUUUUGACAUUUAUUUCGUAAGCCCAAUCGUGUCUGGCAUGCAGCUGUUUGGAAUUGAACGCCCACCGUCAUCCAAGCCCCCGGCCGACAGACUGGUAUUGUUCGUUGGUGACGGAUUAAGAGCGGAUAAAGCCUUUCAAUCUUUCCCCGAUCCAUAUCCACAAUGCGACGAUGACCUCAUCCCCCGACCCCUUGCGCCGUUCUUGAGAUCACGCGUUCUGCAGAAAGGCACUUUCGGUGUUUCGCAUACUCGUGUGCCGACAGAAUCUCGUCCCGGACACGUUGCUCUGAUUGCCGGGCUGUACGAGGACGUCUCAGCUGUCGCCACCGGCUGGAAACUGAAUCCUGUUGAUUUCGACAGCGUUUUCAACCGAAGUCGUCAUACUUGGAGCUGGGGUAGUCCAGAUAUAUUGCCCAUGUUUGCAAAAGGAGCUGUUCCUGGCCGAGUAGAUGCAUACAUGUACGCUUCCGAGUUAGAGGAUUUUAGUCAGGAUGCACUUCGUCUGGACUACUGGGUGUUUGACCACGUUAAAGAAUUCUUUGCAGAGGCCGCAACAAAUCAAACGUUAAACAAAGCCAUUCGACAGGAUAAGGUUGUCUUCUUUCUCCAUCUGCUUGGCCUCGACACCACCGGGCACUCCUACCGACCGUAUUCGAAGGAGUACUUGAAUAAUAUCAAAGUAGUGGAUCAGGGUGUUAAAGAAAUAUCAAAUCUUAUCCAAAAGUUUUAUUCGGAUGACAGGACUGCCUUCAUAUUUACAGCAGAUCACGGCAUGAGCGAUUGGGGGAGUCACGGUGACGGACAUCCUGAUAACACUCGAACACCUCUCAUUACCUGGGGAUCUGGAGUGGCAGCUCCCGAGUUGUAUCCCGACAUGGUUGCGCCAGGGCAUGAUGCGUAUUCAUCGGAUUGGGGCCUGGAUCAUGUUCGUCGGCAUGACAUCCAUCAGGCGGACAUCGCUGCUUUGAUGUCCUACUUGAUUGGCGUUGAAUUUCCUGCGAAUUCGGUUGGAGAGCUACCAUUGUCCUAUUUAUCCGCGGGUAAUAGGGAGAAAGCGCAAGCUUCACUUGUCAAUGCCAGAGGCAUCCUGGAGAUGUACCGUGUCAAGGAAAAUAAGAAGAGAGAAAGCGAAUUGCGUUUUAGACCAUAUCACGCUUUCACCGACGUAAACUCGAACACCGAAUUUCGCGUUAAGUCGAUCGGUGAUCUCAUUGCAAGGGGCGAGUAUGAGGAAGCCAUUGAAGAGUCAAACGCACUCAUCCAAGUAACGCUACAAGGCCUCCGAUAUCUACAAACAUAUGACUGGCUGUUUCUCCGUGCUCUUAUAACUCUGGGCUAUCUUGGCUGGAUGGCGUACGCCAUCACCAUGGUGGUAGACAUGUUCGUUGUUCACGAGGCUGUGCCACCGAAAAGAACGGUUCUGGGAGUUGCUGCCUUUUCGGCGAUUUUGAUUGCGCUUUAUGCUUCAUUCAUCCGCUCCAAAUCACCACUCACGUACUAUCUGUAUGCCUUGUUUCCGGUUGUAUUCUGGGAAGAAGUUCAUGCACACAAAGCUAGCCUUCAACGUGGAAAGCUGGUGCUCUUCGGCCACAUUCAAUCUGCUGGUGGUGUGGCAACCGUACUGUUGCAUACUACUCUUUAUGUUGGUGUAAUACAGUCUCUGGCUGUGGGAUACAUUUAUCGAGAAGUUCUGACGGGGGUAUUUAUUCUGGCGGCAGCCUGGCCGGUGACCUAUGGUCUGCCGUUCCUACGAAGCCAUACCCUGCUGAGCAUAGUAUGGGCCACCUCAUGCCUAAUUAUGAGCACUUUCACUCUACUCCCAGCUAUGAAAGUCGAAAAUGUUAGCCUAAUUCUUAUUGGCGGAGCUAUCAUGUUUCUGAUAGGUUUACUUUAUUUGCUUCUUGAAGAUGUCAUACUAGCAGAUUUUACAUGGGAUGUUGGCUCAAAUGCUUCACGUCGCAGGGGCAGCAACUACAUUCAACGAACCUUGACUGGCAUCCAGGUGGGACUUAUCCCAUUAUCCAUGUUUGUUACGAGGUCAAGCGCCUUGUCCCUUCAAGCCAAGCAGGGCCUCCCAGUCGGCAACCAAGUGCUUGGGUGGCUGGUUCUUGUCAUUUCUCUCCUAAUGCCGCUAUCUUAUCGAUUGCAACCCAACACACACUACAUGCACAGGCUCACGGUCAUUUUCUUGACGUGCGCUCCAACAUUUGUCAUUCUUACCAUAUCCUAUGAAGGGCUCUUCUACGUCACCUUUUCAGCUACUCUGCUGGUUUGGGUGCGUCUGGAGUACGCAGCCGAAGUUUUCUCUCGCAAACAGCGGCAAGAAAACGAGGACGUGGCUAAACCAUAUCAGCCGUCGAGUAAAUACAGACCACUGAGGCUCUCGGAUGCACGUGUGGCGCUCUUUUUCAUGGUUUUAUUGCAAUCGGCUUUUUUCAGCACAGGCAACGUUGCUUCAGUCUCCUCAUUCAGUCUGGAAAGUGUCUGCCGUCUGAUACCGUUAUUUGAUCCAUUUUCCCAAGGAUCUUUACUGAUUUUGAAGUUGAUGAUACCCUUUGCUCUUAUUUCUGCCAAUUUAGGAAUCUUGAAUAAACGACUGGGUGUCGCCCCCUCUGCUCUCUUCAUGGUGGUUAUGGCAAUCAGCGAUAUUCUGACCCUGUAUUUCUUCUGGGUGGUCAAAGAUGAGGGCUCCUGGUUAGAAAUUGGAUCGACCAUUACUCAUUUUGUGAUUGCAAAUUUGCUGUGCGUCUUUGUUGCUGGUCUGGAGGGAGCAAGCGCCAUAUUUAUAUCCGGCAUGGAGGUGGAGGGUGAGCAGAGAAGGCGGCUUUCUGACAUCACUCAUCCAGAACCUGUUGAGAAUGGGAGAGAAGCUUCAAAUGGGCUCGUUCAUUCCAGCUUACCCCAAAAGUCAAAAGAACGAGAGUAG